CUCACCUUGUUCUCAUUUCCCAACCUUCUUCAAAGGACAUCCUUCUCAUUGUUAGAAAAAAUAAGAGAGUUAAGAGAAAGAAGGGAAGAUGGAAGAGACAAAGUCCAGGUUUAAAAGGAUUUGUGUGUUUUGUGGAAGCAGUUCAGGGAAGAAAGCUAGCUACCAAGAAGCUGCUGUGGAGUUAGGCAAGGAACUGGUGGAGAGAAGGAUUGAUUUGGUAUAUGGAGGUGGAAGCGUGGGAUUGAUGGGUCUUGUUUCUCAGGCAGUUCAUGAUGGUGGGCGCCAUGUUCUAGGUGUUAUUCCAAGAACUUUGAUGCCCACAGUGAUUAUUGGUGAGACUGUUGGAGAAGUAAGAGCUGUAUCUGAUAUGCACCAAAGAAAAGCCGAAAUGGCACGACAGGCUGACGCCUUCAUUGCGCUUCCUGGUGGCUAUGGAACCCUUGAAGAACUACUGGAAGUAAUUACAUGGGCGCAACUUGGGAUCCAUCGUAAGCCUGUGGGUCUAUUGAAUGUGGAUGGAUAUUACAAUUCUUUGUUGUCUUUCAUUGAUAAGGCCGUUGAUGAAGGCUUCAUUUCGCCAACUGCCCGUCGCAUUAUCUUGUCUGCCCCAACUGCUAAGCAAUUGGUCAGACAACUAGAGGAAUAUGUUCCGGAGUGCGACGAAAUAGCAUCAAAGCUAGUAUGGGAUGAAGUUGAUAAACUUAAUUUCGUGCCGGGAUCCAGAGUUGCCACGUGAUCCAUCGACAUCAGCUACAUUUUUCUCGUUUUGGGGUUCUACCUACUAAGUAUAUACGGUCAGAAUACUGUCCAGCCAAAGGACAGUAAUUGAACAUUUUGAUGGAAUUUUUGGAAUUUGGCCAGCCAACUCAAGUGUCUCAAAAAAGUCUGAUAUGCAGGUCCAUGGAGAAAAGAUGUAGUGUCACUUUCCCUCUAGCUAGUUGUGAAAGCUUGUGAAGAAGUCGUCACAUUCAGAUCUUUAUCUAAUUCUAGUAUUGUUCAUAGCUAUAAAUUCUUUUAAGGUUCUCAGUAUUAGUCGAUCUAAGCAAAGGAUGGAUGUUACGAUACAAAACAAAUGAGUAAAGAAAUGGUAGUAUUUGGUUAA